GGCAAGAGCGGACAGUCCGUACCCGACAUUUCCGAUUCGUGAACUCAUAACGUAUAUCACUGAGGACGGUGUGCACUGUGUAGCGUGACUGAGCAAGAGAUAUCCGGCGGAACAGAGCUGGACGGCCAUUUCGGUGGAGGUGCCGUGGAGAGUGCGGUGUGGGGACCAUUAGGAGCGGACAGAUGAGGUUAUAUGGAGGAUGAACCCAGAUCGAAGAGAGAAAAUGGUUGGUGAAGGAAAACGGGAUGCGGGAGAUUAGCGGGGAUAACCGCAGAGCAUCGCAGAGCACCGCAGGCGGACCGGACCGUCCGAACACCCUGCGGACCGUCCGGAACUGGUCCUAAACAUCCGUAAAGGUGGACGGAUCCACCAUGUCUUCACCCGUCAGUCUUGGACAGACCAACUCCGCGACUCUGGACGGUUCCCCUCUGUCAACAGAACUAUGGCUCCGGGGAACCUCCAUGACGUCAUCGUCUUCAUCUGUGACGUCAACGGAAGUAAACGACUUCCGCUCCUACGCCACACUGAAGCCUUUGACUAAUGAAGGUGUGUGUGAGAGUGGAGGAGCAGAGAGAGAGAACUCUGUGGUGGUGGCGGCUGGGAGUGACGCAGAGACUGGAGGAGAUGGAGGAGGACCUUGCAGUACACAUGGAGGCAACGGUGGGAGUGGAGGCGCUGUCAACGUCAAUGAAGGUGGUGUUUGCGCUGGAGGAGUAAGCGGAGGAGGAGGAGGAGGGCGCAACAGUGGAAGAGGUGGAGGAGGAGGAGCAGGUGGCAACGCAGGGCGGGGGUUACGUCCUCAUUCGACGCCAGCGACGCUUCUGUGGCUGGAGGAGAACUACGAGAUGGCAGAAGGCGUCUGUAUCCCCAGGAACACUCUCUACCUCCACUACGUCGACUUCUGCGCCAAGAGAUCUCUCCAGCCAGUCAAUGCCGCAAGCUUCGGCAAGAUCAUCCGGCAGCAGUUCCCAGGCCUGACAACACGACGGUUGGGGACGCGAGGACAGAGCCGCUACCACUACUACGGGAUCGCCAUCAGGGAGGGCUCCGUCUACUACGAAGUCCACUACAGCAAGAAGGGCAACUCUAGGUACGCGUCCACUAACACAACCUCUCUGUGUUAUAUCUCUGGUAUAUUAAUAUAUGUUCUAUAUUUACACAUAUUUACAUUAAUAUUACACACAGAUAUCACAAUAGCGUGA